AUGCCGGGAAUGGAACCGACUGGACCUUCGGGGACAGUUAGCAAAGAAGCUGCACACUAUGCCGUUGAAUCCGAGGAUGUGUUCGAUAGUUCCGUGUUUGACCCUGUUUUGGCUAAAAAGAUGGCACUCAUCAACACUGCCAUCGAUAAGAUUGGCAUGACUCCAUUCCAAUGGAAGCUUUUCUUCCUGAAUGGAUUCGGCUACACGGUUGACUCGCUUUUGGUAAUCUGUCAGAGUAUCGCAAUGCCCGCGGUUACCAUGCAGUACGGUAGCCCGAACAAAAGCCUGAAGGGAAUUGCUCUGGCAUCCCAAAUCGGUCUUCUAGCAGGCGCAGCUAUUUGGGGUCUAUCAGCCGAUAUUAUUGGACGCCGACUUGCUUUCAACUCCUCCUUGUUGCUGGCGGCGAUAUUUACAAUCAUCGCGGGUGCGAUGCCCGGAUACAUUUCAUUUGCAACGAUGGUUUCCCUCUACUCUGCAGCUGUUGGUGGGAAUUAUAUUCUGGACUCAGUCACUCUUCUGGAAUUCCUACCUACGAAAAAGUCCUGGCUAGUGACCUUCAUGUCGAUCUGGUGGGCAGUAGGGUACACCAUUACAGGCUUGCUUGCAUGGGCAUUUAUGAGCAACUACACCUGUUCCUCUUCUGCGGCGCCGGGGACGUGUACCUACCACGACAAUAUGGGAUGGCGUUACUUGCAUUUCACCAUUGGUGGCGUUACGCUCAUUCUGAGCUUAUUGCGUGUCCUUCUAAUUCGAAUCGUGCAAACACCCCGAUGGCUUGUCUCUCAAAAUCGUGAUGAGGAGGUUAUUCAGUUCCUGACAAAGUUGUCAGUAAAAUAUAACCGACAAUUUGAUCUCACUUUGGAGGAGUUGUGUAGUGAAGGGGAUGUGAAGAACACAGAAAAGUCAGUCUGGUCCUUGUUUAGGGUCAAAGCGCACUUUGGUGGUCUCUUCCGAACAAAGCAACUAACUUGGUCGUUCCUGGUCAUCAUGCUCAACUGGUUCGUGAUUGGGGUUGUCAGCCCUUUAUACCAUGUGUUCCUUCCAUAUUACCUCAAAUCCCAGGGAGCGAAGGUAAGUAGCAGCUCCAACUAUCUAGUUUGGAGGAACUAUGCCAUUAACCAAGUCGUUGGCCUGGUUGGUCCUGUCAUUGCUGCGUUUUUGGUUGAGACAAAAGUGUUUGGCCGUCGAGGCACCAUGGCUUUGGGGGCUCUUUUGACCAUGGUCUUGCAGUUUGCGUAUACGCAAAUCAAGACUCCAGCCCAAAAUGUUGGUGUGUCUGCUGCCAUAUCUGCUGCUUCAAACAUUUAUUAUGGAACUAUGUACGCGUACACUCCAGAGAUUUUGCCGUCAGCGCACCGCGCCACUGGAUAUGCCAUCUGUGUGGUAUUCAACCGCAUUGGAGGCAUUGUCGGAGUUAUCGUGGGAAGCUACGCAAACGUCGAAACAACCACGCCUCUCUUUGUCUGCGCUGCGUUGUUCGCACUUCUUAUCAUCCUCAGCGUGCUAUUGCCUUUCGAGAGUCGCGGGAAGAGAACACAAUAA